AUGCAUUUGCGUGGGAAUAUUUUGACUCCUUUUGUGUGUUGUGUCCACCCAGGUGUGAAGAAGCCACCAUUAGCUCCCAAACCUAAACUUGCCCAGGCCUCCCCCCCGCCCGUCGCCCCCAAACCGCCGACCGCGGCCCCCGACUCUGCCCGGCCCUCCCCCGCCACCCUCAAGCGGACAAAGCCGGCUCUGGCCCCUAAGCCCCGCGUCCCAAAAGCCGCAGGCCCCUCCGCCCGAGCCCAGCUUAUAGCAUCUCCUGGGCAAGAUCUCGAGGACAACCUCUCCCCGCUCGACUCCAGAAAUGGGACGUUAUCGGAGCGGGAAUCGGACGACGUUGUUCCCGCGUGCGCCUGCGGGCCGCGGGAUGGCUGCCGGUGCCGGGCUUUGGAGAACGGCGCGCAACAGCUGAAGAACGGGAUUCUUGAAGGAGCGCCGAACGGAACCGAGGAGUUUUCGAGGGUGAGCGAAAAGCUCCGGGAUGAGCCUGACGGACGGAGACGCUCGGACAGGGCGAACGAGGGCGACGGGACGCGCGUCGACGCCUCUUCUCCUGCCGCCGAACGUCACGAGCGGCCGGACUGCGGCGACGGCUCGGUCCCCGCGCCUCCCAGUAAGCCCCUCCCCGUCCCGCACCCUCGCAAGCACGGGAAGCCGAUUCUGGCGAGGCAGGACGGGGUGGAGGGCUCGGCUCCAGAGUCGGACGAUCAAAAAGAAGAGAACGCGGUUUCUCGGGAAAAUGACGACGACGCUCCCGCGCCGCCUCCUAGGCAGACUUCGCUCUCCCCUCGCCUCCAAAGGACGCGGCCCGCCUCCCCGAAACCGCACAAGAACAUUUCGCUCGGCCCGCUCUCCCGGCCUCACCCGGCGGGCGAGCCCGAGGCCGAGGAGCGCGCCGGUAACCGAGAGGAGGACGGCUACGGCGAUUUUAAGCGCUACCCCGUCACGCACAGCCUCCCCAAGCAGCUGAAAUUGGGCCGCCCGCCACCCCCGCCCCACCCCAGGAGGGCCUUUUCCGCCGAGGACCGCCCGCCGCCUCGAAAACCUCAGCGGCACAGCCUCCCCGCCCCGCCGCCGCCCCCUCUCGGCCCCUCGAGGGAGCUGCCCGCGCCACCUCGGGAGAAAGCUUCCCGGCGUUUCGCCCGUCCCGGCGUGACCUUCUUCAGCCGCCAUAUGCCCACCAGGAGCAGCGUGCCGCCCAAAAGCCGGGCUCCGGCGCUGGGGGGCAAGCAGCGGGCGCAGUCCUUCUCGACCGCCGACCUAGCUACCCGCCUGGACCCCAAACAACGCGGCCUCUCCUUGCGAAAGCUUCUGGAGCUGCGCGUGUCGGUCAAGAUGCUGCCCAAGAUGCUGGCCAAAGGAGGCCACUCACCGGACCGCGCCGAGCGGGGGCGGCGGCCCAACAGCUGCGUCGACGUGGUCGGCGAUGACGACGACGCCGGCGGAGCGGAGUACGAAAACGUCCCCCUGUACGAGGAGAUCCCCGAAUACAUGAACUUGCCCUUUCACAACGGCGAUCCGCGUUGGUCGCGGGAUGCCGACGACGUCUACGAGGCCCAAGAUCCCUACAGGAGGUUCGGCGAGGACAGGUUUGAUUCUCGUCCUUUAUUGAAACCCGGAUUUCGUUUGACAAGGGACGUCCACUCGGAGGAAGAGGACGAGGCGGCCCGCAGUUGGGACGAGGAUGAGGAUGACAGCUCGUCCUCCGGUAAGGAGCACGCGGACGAGGCUGACAAACAGGAGGAGGACGAAACCAAGCGCAAGAAGGUGGCUCACAUCGCCCGGGAGAUCAUGAGCUCAGAGAAAGUGUUUGUGGAUGUCCUCAAGCUUCUCCACAUAGACUUCAGGGACGCCGUGGCCAAGGCCACACGUCAGAACGGCAAGCCGGCGGUGGACGAUCGCGUCCUCAGCCAGGUCUUGUACUACUUGCCUCAGCUCUACCAGCUCAAUAAGGACCUGCUGCGGGAGCUGGAGGAGAGGGUGGCGCACUGGAGCGAGCACCAGCGCCUGGCGGACAUCUUUGUGCAGAAGGGCCCGUACCUGAAGAUGUACUCCACGUACAUCCGCCAGUUUGACAACAACGUGGCGCUGUUGGACGAGCAGUGCAGGAAGAACCCGGCCUUCGCCGCGGCGGUGCGAGAGUUCGAGACGAGCGCCAGGUGCGCCAGCCUCGCCCUCAAGCAUUACCUGCUGAAGCCCGUCCAGAGGAUCCCUCAGUACCAAUUGCUGCUCACAGAUUAUUUGAAGAAUUUGCCUCGGGAUUCAGAGGACUACAAAGACACGGAAGCGGCCCUCGGCAUCGUCAAGGAAGUCGCCAAGCACGCAAACGACAUCAUGAAGCAAGGGGACAACUUUCAGAAGCUGAUGCAGAUCCAGUACAGUUUGAAUGGCCACCACGAGAUCGUUCAGCCGGGCAGGGUCUUUCUGAAGGAGGGAACGCUGAUGAAGCUCUCCAGGAAGGUCAUGCAGCCGCGGAUGUUCUUCUUGUUCAACGACGCGCUGGUGUACGCCACGCCCGUCCAGUCGGCCCAGUACAAGCUCAACUGCGUGCUCUCCCUGGCCGGCAUGAAGGUGAGCAAGCCCAGCCAGGAAGCCUACCAGAACGAGCUGAACAUCGAAAGCGUGGAGCGCUCCUUCAUCCUCUCGGCCAGCUCGGCGACGGAGCGAGACGAGUGGCUGGAGGCCAUCGCCGAGGCCAUCGACGACCACGCCAAGAAGAAGAUCAGUUUCAUUUCCAGUCGCGGUCAAGAGGAGGCCGACGGCGCACUGGACGUCGGCGCCCCGCUUGGCUCCAAGGCCCCCAUCUGGAUCCCCGACUUGAGGGCCACCAUGUGCAUGAUCUGCACCUGCGAGUUCACCCUCACCUGGCGGCGCCACCACUGUCGCGCCUGCGGGAAGGUGGUGUGCCAGGCCUGCUCCAACAACAAGUACUACCUGGAGUACCUGAAGAAUCAGCCGGCACGCGUGUGCGACCACUGCUUUGCUAAACUGCAGGAGAACAGUGACCGCCGCGCCUCGUCGUCCAUCUCCCCCAUCAAAUCCGGAGCCUUCUCCUUCACCAGGAAACAAAAGAAGAUUCCGGCCGCGCUGAAAGAGGUGUCGGCCAACACGGAAAACUCGUCCAUGAGCGGCUACUUGAACCGAUCCAAGGACUACAAGAAGCCGUGGAAGCGUCUGUGGUUCGUCAUCGAGAACAAAGUUUUGUACACGUACGCCGCCAGCGAGGACGUGGCAGCGCUGGAAAGCCAACCGCUGCUCGGCUUCUUCCUGCGGGAGGAGAAAAACGGACCGGCGCGGAAGCUCCAGUUCAAGCUGUACCAUAAAAAUACGCUUUUUUACAUCUUCAAAGCGGACGACAUCCCCACGGCGCAGAGGUGGAUCGAAGCCUUCCAGGAAGCCAUGAUCCUCGAAGAGUAG